UAUAUAUACAGCUCAUGCUGUUACGGACAUUCAGACUUCAACACGACCGUUCCAACAAAGACAAAUAAACCAAAGUGAGUCGCAAAAUGAUGGGGAAAGUUUUACUCGCAGUGGCUGUUCUGGCUGUCUACGUGGCAACUUCGUACGCUUAUGACUAUAUUGGAUGUUAUGAAGACAAAAAGUCGAGGAUUUUAGAAGGAAAGUUUACCAGCGGAGAUAUGACCGUGGAAAAAUGUAUACAGACAUGCAGUAUUGCGAAAUAUCGCUACGCUGGGGUCGAGUAUCAGAACCAAUGUUUCUGUGGAAAUAAAAUAAAACCGUACAAAAGACUUGCAGAAAGCGCAUGCUCAACAUCAUGUGGAGGAAAUUCAAACCAGAAAUGUGGCGGGACAUGGAAAAUAUCCAUAUACCAUACAAACAAGUAUCUUGGAUGUUACGUGGACAAAAGUUCCAGAAUUCUGAGUGGUCCAAAAACCGAUAGUAGUACCAAGAUGACGGCCAAGUUCUGUCUCCAAUUCUGCAAGGGAAAAAACCAAGCAUUUGCUUUAACGCAGUAUUCCAAUCAGUGUUUCUGUGGAAAUAACUUUAAGGACUACGACAAGAAAAGUGACAGCGAGUGCAGUUAUAAAUGCACCGGGGCAAAGAGUGAAUUCUGUGGAGGUUUCUGGAGAGGAUCGUUAUAUGUUGUAUAGAAAAAUGAACAAGAGGAAGAGAGCACCGGGACGAAUGUGAAACACGCCAUGAAACUGUUCUCUGUCACUUUAUUGUGAUAAAUAAAAAUAUUUGAUGAAAUCA